UAACAUUAUUGUUCAUUUUGUUUGUGUGUGAUUUUGUAAAUCUGAUUAAAGUAACAAAACAAUAAAUUAAUGAUGUGCAUUGCUAUUCGUUCUGAUAUUAUUUCAUGGCAUUUGUAAUGAGAUCUCGACCAUAGUCUAUCGUAGAUCGUAAUUGAAUAAUAACUACAAACUGGUUCAAACUUUCCUACCUCUACACAUUAAAGUUUUACACAUUUAUUGAGAAUAGAGCAAUAUUUUAGAUGACCGCGUGAGGAUAAUUUUGUGUUCCAGCGUCAGAUUUAACCGUGUAUAUAACUUUAUGCGUUGAUACUUUAUUUUAAAAUAAAACAAAAAUUAUCGUGUAGUACCGACGCCAUGUUGUUAUUUACUCUUUAAUUUUUACGGAGAUUUGUUAUGGGUUUUGUUUUGUGAAUAAAAAAGUGCGUGAGCAUGUUGGAAAAUGUUCCUAUACACGGAAGCCGAAGUGACAUCAAGAGCAAGCCGCCUACCCAUCAAAGAAACCUUAGCUUGGAUUUUAGGCAUUUGACAAGCCAAGCCAGUGGGCCGCCACCAGGAUGCGGCCACCAGAGGAACAGAUCCCUGGAUUCUGUUCUUCAGCGGAUACCAGAGGAUAUGACACCGACGUCGCCGGAGGGCGCUCCGCUUCGUCUUUCGAACGAAGCGCCCGCUCCCAGGCUCGCAUUGCCGCCCGAGGUGCCCACCGGGUCCGAUGACUCCGGCAUUCACACUCCGCCCGAUGGGAACGAUGAUGACCGACCGCAACCUCCGGCUGCCGCCAGAUCGAGGGAAAGCCUCGAUUCGGGCAACCCUGAAGAAUCCGAUAAACCCCCGGACCCACCUUAUAAUGCUGACGAACCACUGGUUAACACAAUGUGUGUCUCAGACUCGUCGAAAAAAAAAGACUUUCUCCUCCGACUUUUCGAAAGCAAAAUGUUUGAUAUGAGUAUGGCGAUUUCAUAUUUGUUCAAUUCUAAAGAACCCGGUGUGCAGACAUACCUAGCUAACAAACUGUUCUCAUUCCCACAUGAAGAUGUAGACUUUUACCUCCCGCAGUUAGCGACAAUGUAUAUAGAAAUGGGAGACGUAGCGGACGUUUUGCGACCCUAUUUGGUGUAUCGGUGUAAACAAAGUGCGGAAUUUUCGCUACGAUUAGCGUGGUUAUUGACUGCUUUUUGUGGUGACGCUAAGAGAUCGAGAGCGACAAAACUGAGGGAUUCUAUUCUCGCCGAAGAAAUUAGGCCGGCGGCCCGAAGAGGUCACCACAGAUCACAAUCUGAUGCCUCUGCAUUGAGACUGGCCGCGCCGACGGGUAGGCACUUGGGAGACCUUGCGUCUGGCCGUGCCUUCGACAAUGGCUGCCUCUGUGGGGAACAGUGCUCGUGCGGGGCGCAAUGCUCUUGCGGGGCACCAAGGCUAGCACCGCAGCUACAGUUUCUCACAGCGUUAACAAACAUCGGGCGGCGUCUUGCCGGCGUUGCGGACAAGGAGCGGCGGAAUGGCCGCCUUAGAGCCGAGCUCGCGGCCCUUGACUUGAACCUGCCAGCGCGUGUCUGGCUACCUCUGCAUCAGAAACCCAACUACGUGCUCAGGAUACCACCGCACGCCGCCGCUGUACUUAACAGCAAGGAUAAGGCGCCGUACAUAAUGUACGUGGAGGUAUUAGAAACGGAAGGACACGAACCGCUGCCACCUCGCCUUCUUCCGCCGGCGCCCCCCGCACCUCACUCGCCCCCCAUAAGGCACACGAAGAGUGAAGAGAAUCUCGUACCAGAGUGGCCAGCCUUGUCCCUCUACUCGGCGUUGGACGACUCCGACGCGGGAGACUGUUGGAGUCAUGAGGAUGAAGAAUUAAGUACGCAAUAUACUGCUAAGCUACCAGCGCCAGAUAGCUUAUCACAGGUGUCGGCAAUGUCGGCUAUGUCCGGCGUGUCGGCGCUGUCGACGUCGUCGUGCGGGUCACGCGAGUCAGUGGCGGUGGGCGCGGGCGAGGUACGGCGCCGGCUUGCUGACGCUACUGCCGAGCCGCCUCCCAACGCAUUCCGCCGCGACCCGCAGGACCCCUCCGCGCUAGCGCUCAAGGAGUCCUGGGAGAGCAAGCUGGCGCGCAUGCGCUCCGCGUCGCCGUACGGCGCACUGGCGGGCUGGCGGCUGCUGGGCUGCAUCGUGAAGGUGGGCGACGACCUGCGGCAGGAGAUGUUAGCGGCACAGUUGCUGCGGCGCCUGCAGGCCGUGUGGGAGCUCGAGCGCGUGCCGCUACGCCUGCGCCCCUACGAGAUCCUGUGCCUCGACCGCGAGUGCGGCCUCAUACAGCCGGUGCUAAACUCAGUUUCGCUGCAUCAAAUUAAGAAACAGUCGGGCAAGUCACUGCGCGCCUGGCUCGAACUGGAGCAUGGCCCGCCCACCAGCGAGGGAUUCCUGCGCGCGCAGAACAACUUCGUAGAGUCCGCGGCCGCCUACGCACUCACUAGCUACCUACUGCAGCUUAAAGACAGACACAACGGAAACAUUCUGUUGGACAGCACAGGACACAUCAUCCACAUAGAUUUUGGGUUCAUAUUCUCAAUUUCGCCUAAGAACCUGGGAUUUGAAAGUUCGCCAUUCAAGCUGACGGGCGAGUUCGUGGAUGUAAUGGAUGGCGAGAGCUCGGACAUGUUCGCGUACUUCAAGAUCCUUAUCCUGCGCGGACUGCUCGCGGCGCGCAAGCAUUGCGACCAGAUCAUACAUCUCGUCGACGUCAUGCGAAUGGGCGGCCAGCUGCCUUGUUUGCGGAGCAGUAGUGCCGUGUCGGCGUUCCGCGCUCGCUUCCACCCCGGUCGCACCGAGCCCCAGCUGCGGGCGCUAGUGGACCGCCUGGUGCGGGACGCAAUGCACUCGCUGUCCACGCGCCUCUACGACAACUACCAGUACUACACCAACGGCAUCCUCUAGCACAGCACAUCGCACACAAUAUACGGUAAACCCGUAGUCGACCACGUACGGGCCCGCAAAAAGCAACAUUAUGCGUUCGCGAUAUCGACAUAAAGGUACAUUUGCGUGAUUUGCAGCCGAUAAGAGUGACAGUGUACUCUCAACGAUAUUCUCUAGCACUGUACAUCGUACAACACGCAUAUACUAUACACCCGCAGUCGACCACGGUUGUGCGUACGAGACCGCAAAAAACGACAUUAUGCGUUCGCGAUAUCGACAUAAAGUUACAUUUGUGUGAUUCGCAGGUUAUAAGAUUUACAGUGCACUCUCUACGCAAGUUUUCAAUUGCUGCAAUUGUUCAUUAUAUAGUCAACAUCUCCCGGAAAUGCUCUGGUGUCGGAGCAUAACUUGUAGAGAGAAUACUGCACAAGAUCUGUUUGGUGUUGAGACAGAUUGAAGAAACUAUAAAUUGCACCGUGCAGCGUCCUGCUUUUCGCUUUUCGUAUAUUAUGGAAUUCUGGAACGCCUGCUUCUAUCCAAAAUAAGACCUAAAUUACUUCACUUUCGAAGCGCGAGAGCGACAGACGUUUGCUGCCGUCGCUAUACAUUUUCGUAGUUUUGUCAUAAUGCAUUAGUAAUGUAUUAUUGGCAGGUGCUUCGCUUAAUCGUGAAAUAUUCAUAAAAUAUACGUGUUAUAAAGCUGGGAUCCACAACAGCAAUAUCUUAAACGCCAUAGUAAAAUAGACCUAUUAUUCCUCUGUUUAAAGUUUUGAAUUCUGUAAUACCGAAUUUUAGUUCACAUAUAUUUUGCUAGCGUACUGUUGAAUGUAUAGAGGACAUAGAACAUAGUUAUCGAGAGUUUGAAAAAAAAUAAAAACAUUAUGGUUGAAUACACUUGUGCAAAGACAACCUUACAUUACUUUUAUUGGGGAACAUGUAAUACGAUGCGUGCAGUCUUCCUCCCAAUUCUGACCUUCUUGUUCAUUACCUUCUAAAUCUCACUGAAAAAUAUAAUAUUUGCUCUUUAGAUAAUCCUGUACUUUUGUAAAACAAUUGACCUUGAAUAUAAAACAGUAAACACUCGAGACCUGUAGUUAUCAGAUAUUACAUCAUAUCGGAAAAGGUAAAGACAAUUACAAUAAAUACUAAUGUAGUCAAUUGUGUUUGCCAAGGUAGCAUUUUAACGGACGUGAUGCUAGUUUACAUAAAAACAUAUCCAAGACAUUGGUUUUUGUUUUUUGCUUUGAGGCAGCAUUACACAUCCGCUGGAACAUCCACUAGCAACAUAUUAACUUAUUUACUCGAAAUGUCCAUCAUCGUAAAAUUUCGUUUAAAAUUCCUUUUAUCAUUUAACUACGAAAAUACUGAGCAUUUUGUUUAAAAUGCUUAAACUUAGUAUUCAUAUUAUGGAAAACUCGCUUUACAAUAGUGAAUAUUUAAUAACGUUUUAUUUAAUAAUAAUCAGUUAUGUUUCUUUGUAACAAUUGAUAUCAUUUUGAUAGAUCUAAUACA